GAGAAUUGUCAUCCCGGUGUCCCUCAGAAACCAGAUCAGUCGGUGGAUGUAUACAUACACAUACAAUAGGGCAUGGACACGUACGUGCUGUCACCAUUAAUGGGGAAGGAAAGAACUGAAAGAGACAAGAUUCUAAAUUAAUCACUGCUCGCCAAUGCAACUGGAGUUCACACUUAUCCUCUCAUAAUUGUUGACUUAUCUUUUUACUCGUAGUUGCCACAUUUUCGGCUUUCACAUACACUCAAAUUGUUAGCUUCAGCAAAUCAUUCCAUGCCCCUAAUAAUUCAACUCCCACAUAUGUAUCUAUAUAUAUAUAUAUGCAAUCAUGAAGCACACAGAUAGAAGAUAGUGAGAGUCCAAGGGAGAUAGUGAGUUUUGAUUGAGCUUCAAUAACUGAUUGCGAAAUGGCUUAUUACAACUUUUUUCUCUCGUUCUGUAUUAUCUUCUUCAUAUUCAACUUCAACACGAUUAUUACUGAAGGAAUUGGCCAUGUUCCGGCUGUUAUUGUAUUUGGAGACUCGCUCGUUGAUGUUGGUAACAAUAAUCACUUAGAGCUUUCCAUUCUUAAAUCUAAUUUUCCUCAUAAUGGUGUCGAUUAUCCAAAUCGGAAAGCAACUGGAAGGUAUAGCAAUGGAAAGAAUGCUGCUGAUUUCUUAUCUGAGAAUUUAGGACUACCCUCUUCGCUGCCGUAUCUCUCCAUUAAAUCAGCUUCGAACAAGGUCAAGGUGUUGCUCGAUCAGGGUGGAAUCAAUUUUGCAUCAGGCGGAGCCGGAAUCUUCAAUGAAACAACUAAAUUAUUUAAACAAUCCAUCUCACUCAACGAACAGAUAGCAUAUUUUAAAACAGUGCACGGAGAGCUCAUGCAACAAUUAGGAACCGUUGAAGGACAAACAUACUUGGCAAAAUCUGUGUUUCUUAUUGCAAUUGGUAGCAACGACAUUCUUGGCAAAGUUCAAGCUGUUGGAAAUGAACCAGCUGGUGACCAGUUCAUAAACUCUUUGAUAGUUAUAUUGAAAAGCAAGUUGAAGACAAUUUACAAUCUUGGUGCACGCAAAUUUGCCGUGGUUGGACUCGGUUUGAUAGGGUGUUGUCCAAAACUAAGGAGCGAUAAUCCUAAAGGGGAGUGCAAUGAGCAAGCAAAUCACUGGUCUGUUGAGUACAACAAAGCUGUUAAAUCACUCUUGCAAGAACUCAAAGAAGAGCUUACAGACAUUCACUAUUCCUUGAUAAACACUCACGAUAUCAUGGCCGAUUUCCUGCACCAACCCGCUCUUUAUGGGUUCACCGAGAUAAAAUCUGCUUGUUGCGGAGCGGGGAAUUUCAGAGCAAAAGUCCCAUGCUUACCGGUUGCAGUGUACUGUAAGAAUAGAAGAGACCAUAUAUUUUGGGAUCUAUACCAUCCAACUGAAGCCGCUGCUAAAAUAAUUAUGAAUGAAUUCUUUAUGGGUUCAGAAAAGUAUGUGUACCCUGCGAACUUGAAGCAGUUAUUGGAAGUAUAAAUGGAAUUGACUACUAAGAAAUGUAGUUCAUUACUCAUAAUGUGAUCAAUUUACAUACUGAUGAAAAGAAAGAAUAAAGUUUACAUGGACACAGAAA